AUGGCCGCCCAGGCCAACGGAAGGGCAAAAAAGUCCAAAACCUCGCCAAAUGGCAGUGCCAAUGGCUCCACCGGCGCAUCUACCAAUGCAAAGGCGAAGAACAAUGCAGACCAGGCCCGCUCAGCCCGCUCAAGAAAGCCCCGGCGGACUGUGAUGGGAGCCUUUACGAGCAUGACAGCACGGCUGACAACGUGGUACCUCAUCAUCACCUUGCUGUUCCGCUGCCCCAAGUCCAUCACUCAGCUGCACGACGAUUCUCCCCGCGUGUGCAAGCCAUACCUCCAAACUCGCGACUUCGCCGCGCCCUAUCUCGACCCCUACUACGAGACCUAUGUCGUCCCCCAGCUCGACAAGGUCAAGCCCUACACGACGCCCGCCAUCAUCUUUGCACAGGAGCAAUACGCAACACACGGUGCACACAGGGUUGAGCUUGCGAGGAAGUAUGCAGAGGCUCAGUAUGAAAAGUCCAUUCGUCCUCAGCUGCAGAGCGCUCAGGAACAGGCCUGGGCACAAUACGACGUCCACCUAGGUCCCCACGUCAAGAAGGCGACUGACGCCAUUGCCCCCCACUACAACGACCUCAAAGUCAGCUCCGAGGAAAUCUACCACCACACUCUCUUCCCAGCCUAUGAGCGUUCUCUUCCAUACCUUAAGCAGGGACAUGCCUAUGGCCACCACGUCCUCGUUGAUAUCGUCUGGCCUCACCUUCGCACUGCCCAGGAAACUGCCUGGACUUUUUUUCAGCGCAGCGUCUGGCCCCAAAUACGCAUCCUGUAUGGAGACAAUGUUGAGCCCCAGCUAGUCCGCAUCUCUGAGCGACUAGGCCGCUACAAAGAUCAGCAAAAAAUGGAGUCUGCCAUGUUUGCUGCUGAUUCGCAGGCGGCUACCUCUGUGGCAUCCAGCAAGCAUGCCCCCACCACGGCCAGCUCUUCCGCUUCUGUUGCCUCUCCCGGCUCCACCGAAGGGUCUGGCUGGGGUGUCCUUGACGACUUCUUUGGCAGCGAAUCUGCAAGCACAGCCUCAAAGGAACUUGAACCAAAAUCUUCAGCUGAAGUUGCCCCUUCUGCGUCUAAGCUCACCAAGGCCGAGCUGCAGGAGAAGCUUAACAACGAUCUCCGCCAGUGGCAGGACAAGUUCUCUGCCGCCGCCGACAAGGGUGCUGAAGAUCUCGAAGUACGCGUAGAGGAAAUCACAAACCACAAGAUCAACGAUGCUGUUAACGGCCAGGGCAAGGCUCUGCUCAUUAAACUCGAGGAGACUGCUGAUGCAACCAUUGCCAAGCUCAAGAGCUACAUCAAAAAAACUGUUUCCUCUCUCCCUGAAGAUGCCUCAGAAGCCGACCUAGAGGCUGCAUACAAUGAUUGCAGUAAAAAGACCCGUGAGUUCGGCCUUACGGUCAAGGAACGCGCCCAAGACAUCCGUGACUGGAAGGUGUCGUACGACCAGGAGACCGAUGAUCUAGUGAGAGCUGCAGUAAGAAGUACUGUCGAUGUUCUAGAAAAGAUACAUAGCCUUGGCCUUCAAGAGGUUGGCAUGCGAUGGGCAUGGACUGAUGGCGUUACAUACAAAGACUGGCAAAACUACCACAAGUUGAAAAACACACUCAUUGAAUGGCAGAGUGAAGUUGAGGCUGUUGGGGCAAGACAUGAUGGCCUUCGUGCUGCUCACGAGGAAGCUAAGAAGCUUGAGGACAAGGCUAUGAAAAUUGCAUCAGACAUGGUCGCGGAGCUGGUUCGCCUAAAGGACGUUUCCAAGUCAAAGAUUUGGGCUGGUGAUGCCAGCGAUGAUUUCUCCGACAAAAUCUUUGCACCUCGCAUCCGAAAUGCUGCCCAAAAGGUCAUGGAGAAUGUUGAAAUGGCAUCAAGUCAGGUUUCUGAGGCUAUUCAAGGCAGCUCCACCCCACUCAGCGAGAGCAUCGCCUCGUCCGCCGCAGAAAUGUACUCGGAUGCAUCAUCUCAAAUCUCUGAGGCUAUUCAGGGCAGCUCAACACCGCUUGCGGAAAGCGUUGCAUCCUCUGCCAAGGCAGCAGCAUCCGGGGCAUCAUCCCAAGCUGCUGAAGCAGUUGAAGCAGCCUCAACCGCACUUGCUGAGAAUGUAAUAGCCCCUGUAGGGGAUGCAGCAGCACAAGCGUCCUCUGGAGUUUCCGAGGCCAUCUACGGUACACCAUCAUCCGAAAGUGUGCUGUCUCAGGCCUCUUCUGUGGCCUCGCAGGUAGUAGAGGAGGUUUCUGCAAAGGCUUCUGAAGCCUAUGAGGCGCCAAAGAAGGUGUUUGGCGGUGCCAAUGCCCAGAUUCUUGCUGAGGCCAAGCAAGUCGUAUUUGAUCAACCUCUUGACGACGAUGAGGAUGACACAUACUCUGAAAAGGUGCAGGAAGUAUUGGCGGACACGGGAGACCGAGCUGCUCAGUUGAGUCGUGCGGUCAGCGAAGCGCUCCUGGGACCAUCAAAGACGCAAGGCAGCAUCGAAUCAGCCUCGUCGAUUGCAAGCGAACAAUACGCCGAGGCACUCGCCGCUGCCUCAAGCGUGCUAUAUGGAACUGAGAAGCCCGCUGUUGAGAAAGCUACUAGCGUCGCUGCCGACAGGUAUGCGCAAGCCGUCACCGCAGCAUCAUACGCCAUCUUCGGCACGCCAGCUCCUACUGCUGUCAUUCAGACCAUUCAUAUAGAGGCGAGCUCACGCUACAACGAUGCUGUUAGCGCUGCGAGCAAACAGUUUGAAAAUGCCAGGGCUCAAUUGUCUAUGCUGGUUUCGGGCAAGCCCCAACCUGCACACCAGACGAUGCUCUCGUAUAUCGAGAAAGCCUAUUCCGACUCUGUUGCAGCAGCAAGCGAGCGUUUGUCAAACGCUGUGCAGUAUACCCAGUCCGCAAAGGACUAUGCAGUUGGCCCACAACAGGGAUACUUUGAGUCAGUUUCCUCCAUUGCUGCGUCCCGGCUGUCGGAAGGUCUGAGUCAAGCAUCUGCCCAAUUCCUUCCCCAGUCGACUGGUGUUGCUGAUGGUGCUCGACGACAGUACUACGAGGCUAUCGGACUUGCGCACGCCCGGUACUCUGAAUUCGUUGACGCAGCUUCAAGUGCUGUCAAUGGCCCUCAACAGGGUACUGUGGAGUCUCUGGCUUCAGUUGCUUCGGCCUCGGCUGCUUCUGCUGCUUCCUACAUCUCCGAUUCAGCGGAGUCGGCCGUCUCGCAAAUCAGCUCCAGUGUUAUCGGCUCGGAGACACCCUGGACCGAGUCUGUCGCAUCGCAAGCCAGCAAGAACUGCGAGGCGCUGAUUUCACAAGCAAGUAACCAAGUCUACGGUCAACCCACACCCUGGGCACAGUCUAUUUAUUCUCAGGCCGGUGCAUAUGGCGCACAGGCUACUGAGGCUGCUGCUAAGCAAUACGCUGAUGUCCAGGCUCUGAUUUCUGAGCUUGUAGUUGGCAAGGAGCCCGAUUUCACGGAAAGCGUCAUGAGCCGUUUUGCUUCCGCAUACUCUACAGGUUUGCCCGCUGCUAUCGCGUCUGCCCAAUCGUAUGCUGGCGAUAGCUACGAUGCGGUGACUGACGCAGCCGCUGACGCAUACGCCUCUGCCACUUCUGUCGUUGGCGCAAUCUUUACACCUCCAGCUGUUAUUGAGGAUGUCCUGAGUCAGGCCAGCGCUUCUUUGGAUCUGGCUGUCGAGAGCGCGUCCAUUGCUCUGUAUGGAACUCCCAAGGGUGCCGCUGAACAAGCCAGCGAGUCCGUGGUCAGCGUAUACUCAUCUAUUCAAUCUCAAGUCAGCGCCAAGGUCUACGGAACCCAGGCAGCCCAGGACAGCUUCUCAGCGGCCGCACUCUCUGCACAAGCGGCUAUUAGCGAGGCCAUCUUUGGUACCCCUACCGCGGGUGACUAUGUGGCUUCGGUCACUAGCGGUGCUGGUGAAGUAUACAGCUCACUAUCCUCUGCCGCCAGCUCAGCAGUGUAUGGCCCCGAGCAAGGAGCCAUGGAGAGCGCCAACCGUCGCAUUUCCGACGCCGUCGCUGCUGCCAAUAGCCGUAUUUCAGAGAUGUACGCAGCCGCCUCUGCAAGUGCCGAGGACGCAGCCAGCAGUCUAUCCAGCGCAGCCACAAAAGCUACAAAAGCCGCAAAGGAUGAGCUGUAA